CCUGAGCUAGACCAUACCCUUCCUGAGCUGGUCAGCAAAAGCAGGAGGGACACGUGACACGUCAGAGACGCAUGCGCACUGGGCAAUCGGCAUCGUGUGACGUCAUGACGCAGGACACGUACACAGAAAGAGCUCUGGGCGGCGGGCGCGGGAAGUGUAAAAGGGGAGACGGAGAGCGGUCGCUGAUCAUGCAGAGGAGACACCUUCAAGAGAUUCCCGCUUCCGAACGGAAUAUAUUGAACCUCGGUUGGUCAUGGGACUCGAAGAAGAGCUCAGACCUCUUCUGUGGAAUGGGAGUUACCCCUAUGGAGAAAGAUCCACAGGACACAGAAAACACCCCUCAGGACCAAAUUGUACAGAUGACCCCACCUCAGAAACGUCAGAAAAAGAAAGAGAAAGAUGACCUAUUUAUUAUAUCUAGGCGUCCCAGGACAGCCAGAGCCUGUCAGUCAGGGGUGUCCUGGGACUCGCUGCCAGAUGAGUUACUGCUGAGUUUAUUUUCCUACCUGCAUCUUACUGACCUUUUGAGAGUCUCUCGGGUCUGCAAACGGUGGAACAGACUUUCGUGUGAUGAAUCUCUGUGGCACAGCCUUGAUCUGACUGCCAAACAUUUGACAGAUGGAGUGAUUGGAAGUUUGCUGUCGCUGGGUGUUGUUGUGCUGCGCUGCCCCAGGACUAGUAUUGGAGAAGUGAUGUUUAAACAAAUUAGGCCUCUGCGGCUCCAGCAUGCAGACUUCUCCAACUGUACAGUGAGCACAGACACAUUGCGGAGCAUCAUCUCCUGCUGCCACAGACUGCACAAUCUGAGCCUGGAGGGCAUGGAUCUUACUGAUGACAUAUUAUGGGCCAUUGCGCAGAAUUCGGAUCUGGAACGAUUAAACCUUGGUGGCUGUUCAGGGUUCUCUGCAGAAUCGCUCAGAAAGAUGUUGGAGAGUUGCACUGGGCUGGAUGAAUUGAACCUGUCCUGGUGUGAGUUCACAGCGGACCAUGUGAAGGUCGCAGUGAGCAACUUCCCUAGAAGUGUAACCCAACUGAAUUUCAGUGGCUAUCGGCAAAACCUGGAGAUAGCUGAUGUGGACUCAUUAGUGCAAAGGUGUCCAGAGCUUACUCAUUUAGAUCUGAGUGAUAGUGUAAUGCUGACCUCCGAUUGCUUAUCAGUGUUCCACCAGCUCCUUCACCUUCAGCAUCUCGGCCUCAGUCGCUGCUACCAGAUCUGUCCUGCAACACUGCUCGAGCUGGGAAAACACAUGCCCCUGCAGACGCUCAGCGUGUAUGGUAUAGUGACGGACAGCUCCAUACAGCUGCUCAAUGAGUCACUCCCUCACGUUAAGAUAAACUGUUCUUACUUCAGCACCGUCGCCCGGCCCACCACAGGCCCCAAGAAGAAUCGGGACAUUUGGGGUAUAAAGUGCAAGUUGUCGAUGAACCGUAUGGACUCUUAGCAGUCGCUGAUAUGGAAAUCCAGAAACUUGAAUUCUUUUAUGACCACAACAAACUCUGCCCGUUAUCUGUGGUUAACUGUACGUUUCUAAGCCACGGAUUAAAAAUAAUGGCCGAGGCUCCACUGAGAAAUGUGUAACCCUUAUAUACUACGUCUGUGGAUGGUUACAUUAUACACCAAUCUUCAUUCGGCAUGUCCAGUCAGGUGUGUUCCCGAAGGCCGUCUCCCUAUUAUAAGCUAUAAAAAAAAAUGUUUUGAUUGGUUUAUACAAGUGCUUGAUGGGCUACAUAACCAUACAUGGGGAUUUUAUACUUGAGAUCUGGGGUUCUCAAACUCGGUCCUCAGGGGCCCACACAGUGCAUGUUUUGCAGGUCUCCUCACAGAAUCACAAGUGAAAUAAUUAGCUCCACCUGUGGACCUUUUAAAAUGUGUCUGUGAGUAAUUAAUACACCUGUGCACUUGCUGGGUUACCUGCAAAACAUGCACUGUGUGGGGUCCUGAGGACCGAGUUUGAGAACCUCUGCUUUAGAUGACAGUAAUUGAAUUGUAUAAUAAACUCUUGAACCGGUGCUAAUCAGUGAUGACAAGCUACAAGGAACGUUAUCUUUUUAAUGGCUUAAGCUAUUUAUAGUCUAGUGCGGGGACAUCAGCCGUUGGUGCACAGAGGUGACCCUCGCCCUGUCCUUGACAUAUCUUUGUGCAGGGAUAAUUUAGGAUUUCACAUGAAAGUUUCUUUAUCUUUAUUCUUUUACUAAAUUCCACUUCAUACAGGUUGGAUCCUGUUUGAUUCUCGCCACCCAGGGGGAGCCAUAGUAGACAUCAUUGACAAUUCCUUAUCUCCGGUUAGCACGUACCGAUUGCUAACAAUGGCCCUCAUUUCAAGUUGAUCGCUCGCUGCCGUUUUUUGCAGCAUAGUGAUCAGGCUAAAAACCGUCUGUUUUGCGUAUGGGCCGCAGGGCGCACGCGCCAAGUACUUUCACACAAAACUAAGCAAUUUUACACAGAGGCGAGCAACGCUUUUCAGUCGCUCUGCUGAUCGGUGUGUGAUUGACAGGAAGUGGGUGUUUCUGGGCGGCAACAGACCGUUUUCCGGGAGUGUGCUAAAAAACGCAGGCGUGUCAGGCUAAAACGCAGGAGUGGCUGGCAGAACGCAGGGUGUGUUUGUGCAGGAACUAAACUGUCUGCAGUGAUCGCAAUCUAGGAGUAGGUCUGGAGCUACUUUUCAAGCAAUUCUGCUAAUCUUUCGUUCGCUAUUCUGCUAAGCUAAGAAACACUUCCAGAGGGCGGCGGCCUAGCGUGUGCAAUGGUGCUGAAAGCAGCUAGCGAACGAUCAACUCGGAAUGAGGGCCCAUAUACUAUAUUAAAAGUGCAGCACUGCCAGUAUGAUCAAAUCAAUAUAUAUGUACAUAGCGUCUUAAUCAUUCUGAAAGGGAAACGACUCUGUGAUUGAAACUUCAUAUGUGUUCAAAUCAUUAUUUGAGUUCUGACCAUAUUAAUUGGUGGACACAAUAAUGUGCUGUUAUUUACAAAAAUGUGAACGCCCCGUGGACAAACACAUUGCGCAUAGUCACUUCUUGCCAUUAUAUUCUGCACAGUGUAGAUGACGGGAAGGCGCAGGGGCUUUUUUUGUGUGUGUGUGGGGGGGGGGGGAUAACACACACACUUAAAUGGAUACUUGAUGAUCACACCUGUAAUUGUCUUUUCAUAAACUUUCUUUAUUCAAAAUU